AUGUACAAGUUAUUUGAAACUAACGGAAAACAGCCUCUAAAGAUUGUAUUUGACAUAAAUACUCACAUGUCGAUUGGGGAAGUAUACAAAUGUUUCAUUCAGGAGGUUGGGAGCUAUAUGUGGCGCGACAUUGGUUUCGAUAAGGACACAUGGAUAGACGUUUUUGAAGCCGAAAGGAUAUGGUCUGAUUUGGGAGUGAUUACAAAUUAUCCCAUGGCUCCAGUUUAUUGGGCGUCACUGAACAAUCGGAUAUGUGCGUCGUAUAGAGGCCGCAAAAAUGUUGCAAAAACUUGUUUGACUGCUUUUGAAGGGGGUGUGGAGGCAGCAAGGGCUCAAGCCACUGCGGGUAUGGAUCUGCAACGUUGGAAUGUUGCUAUUGGCCACUUCUUAACAAAAAAGCAUAAAAAAUGA